ACUAUGGAUUCUAGGAUACGUUUGUCUGUAGCACUUGUAUAUAUUGCUUUAGUGAUAGCUCAUGUAUCCUGUGCGGUUACAAAGUGCUUUGAACCUAAUCCACAGAAAGCCAAAUAUAACUACGAUCCUAAGACCUGCUUGUCUCCUUCCCACUGGAACAAAAUUUCAUCUUCCUGGGGGAACUGCACAACCUUCUGGAAUUUAAGACAGUCCCCUAUCAACAUCAACACUCUGGACACUGUCUACAUGCCAAUACAGAAACUGGGCUUUCAUAAUCUGUGUAAAAGAGUCAAGGGCAAGGCCACUAACAAUGGUCAUCAUCCGGAGUUUGAAACUACCAGUAAGGACAUAAAACUGUUCAAUGUCCCGGGUCAAGGUCACGACCAGUUCAUCUUUAAAGAAAUCCACGUUCAUACUGGCGUCUUGGAAUCGGUCGGCUCUGAACACUCUAUCGACAAUAACUUCUCACCUCUAGAGGUACAUGCUGUGUUUUACAAUGAACAUUUCAAGGAUGCCAAAGAAGCAAAAGCCAAGAGAAAUGGAAUGGCUGUAAUCGCGGUCCAAGUCCAGGUUGCUGCUGAUGAGACGGAAAAUGUUGACAGCGUGUCUUUGGAACUUCGAGACAUGGAAAGAAUAAACCAGGGUUGCCCAUGUGCACCAUUAGACCUUAGUUGUCGGAGAGAAAAAUGUUUCUGUAAAGGAACAAAUGAUCUUUUCUGCAAAGCAACCAAAACCCACGUGUGCUCCGACAAGUUCGGAGAAGGUCUCGUUUGUCGUGCCUCUGGUAUUGCUCGAUGUACAGGGGACGAACAAUGCAGUGGGCUAAAAAAAUGUCGGCGGAACGACUUCGUCCAAGCUAAUCAAACGCCAAAUAAUUUCUGUUCGCUUCCAAAAGUCUGCCGAGUGAGGUAUGCUCACGAACUGAGUCACCUCAUGGAGAAAUAUUACCAGAAAAUUCAAGAAUAUAAGCCAAAAUCACUACCAGAUGCGAAAAAGUUUACCAGGAUUUUGGAGAAUAUCACUCCAAGAGACAUUCUUCCGUACAACUGGAAUUAUUAUACUUACUCCGGCUCCCUCACCUCGCCGCCAUGUUAUGAGACAGUUCAAUGGAUUGUAAUGAGGUGUCCAAUAAAAAUAUCCAGAAGGGCUUACCGAAUGUUGCAGUUGAUGGAAGAUAUAACACACACCCCACUGAUGGCCCACGGGACGCGACGUCCCAUUCAGCGUGGGAAAUCUGGACUACAUCGUGUGGAAGUGUCAAGGAAUUUUCUAUGGAACGAAGCCCAAGACGAAACCUUGUUUUGCGAUGUUAAUCAAUGAAGACUUUUUAUGUGCCGUUUUAUUAACUUUUUCUUGCCCCUCCCCCUCUACCUCUUUUUACUUUGUGUUUUAUACAAUUGUUUAUAUUUAAUUUAUUAUAGAGAAUAAAAUAAUAAAAAUUUGAACUA